AUGGUUACGAAAAAUAAUUAUUUUGACGGUAUCUCUGGCCUUGGUAUCACGCGAAAUAGCCAGACCAUCAAAAGCCUACGUUUCAAAGCAGGCGAACGCAAGAACUCGGUCACUUGCGGGAUUCGUCAGUAUCUGGUAGGCGUAGGGUGCCAUAGUAACAAGACCCUAGUUGAUUACCGCCAUGUUCUCAUGGCGUUCGCCUUGUGCCAAGAACACGGAUCCCCCGACGCAACACCCUCGUCUCAGCCCCACAACGAUGUCUACGCGACUUUGGUUAUGUUUGAGCAACGCAGAUUGGUAGCACGCCAAAAAGUCCGCCAGUCGAGAACGAGGUCACCCAAGGAACAUGAUCUGGGGACUUGCACCAAGACUAACGAGAAGAAAAUGCGCAAGUUCAAGCGAUGUAAAUAA